AUGAGAAGUUCCGCAGUUGCAAACGUUCGCCAGGUAACAAGCUUCACUACGCCAGAUAGUUUCGCAAUCCGCAUUCGGGGCGAUCUUCUGUCGCUAAGGCGCCCACGACCGGUCUCGUUGCAGGAAGAUAAGGAUCUGGUGCACGAGUUCGUCCAAAAUGACGGGCUGGCCUGCCUCAUUAAGGUGGGGUCGGAGGCCGACCAGAACUACCAAAACUACAUCUUGAGAGAAGUAGCCUCAGCGUGUUGCAACUCGCGCACGCUGCGAGCGACGCGCGCGCAAAACCCGUUGCGUCACGCGCGUCUUCUUCCUCCUGCACGCGUGCGUGCGUGUGCGAGCGCGUGCUCCGGCCUGUCCGCAGCGCUGGGGCAGGUGAUGCUGUACGUGGACGGCAUGAACGGCGUGAUGGAGCACAACCAGACGGUGCAGUGGCUGUACACGCUCAUCGCCAGCAAGUACCGGCUCGUGGUGAAGACGGCGCUCAAGCUGCUGCUGGUGUUCGUGGAGUACGUGGAGACCAACUGCCUGCUCCUCAUCAAGGCCAUCCAGGCGGUCGACAAGCUGCACGGGGUGCCAGCCUGGAACAACAUCAUGAAGCUGCUGAAGGACUACGACGCGGCCGACACCGAACUGCUGAUCUACGCGACGACGCUCAUCAACAAGACCCUGAACGGCGUGCCCGACCAGGACACCUACUACGACCAGGUGGACGCCCUCGAGGAGCAGGGCAUGGAGGGCGCCGUGCAGAGGCAGAGGGGUGGGUCGACGCUCAGAGGUUCUCGAGGGAAGAUGCGGCAAAUUGUGCCGCCCGCGCCGCCCGCGCCGCCCGCGCCGCCCGCGCGCCGCCCUGCGCCCUUGGGCGUCGCUCUUGGGCGUCGGGCGCACGUCGCCCAUGCUGAGGCGGAGCGCUGUGGCGUGCGCAGGUACAUGUCGAAGCAAGGCACGGACCUGGACCUCCUGCGCCAGCUUCAGAUCUACGAGGCCGUGCUGCACCACGAGGACGGCGAGGAAAGAGGCUCUCCCCUCAAGCAGCUGGACGAGAACAUCAGGAAAGACGCAAAACUUCAUUUCUACCGAGAGCGUGAUGCUUACUUCAACACUCUUGGUGAAGUCCUCGGUAAUGAGGCUGAAUCGUUGGCCAUUCUGGAGUAUCCCUGAUUGGUGCUAUAUGUAGAAUGCCGACAGACGGAAUCAUCCGGCUAUGAUGUCAUCAACCUGAUCUUAGCCACCACCUCUCACCAAGGGACCCUGCGCGUAGCUUCAAAAGAGUCGCUCAGUAAAUGAUCGUGACUGGUUGACAAAAACAUGUGUAUGGGAGUUUUCUAUUUGCCAUUAUCCAAAGAUUCGCGAGAGACCCUUUCUCACACCACCUUUAACAUUAUUUGACAGAAUUAUAUAUAGAAAAAAUAAGAACAGAAAACC